ACCUAGCGAGUCAGAAAGCGAGGCUGAGACCCCUUGCCGAAGAAGAGCGCCACGUGCAGUGCCUUUCACAGACAGUGAGUCCCGAGAAGAGACAGACAGCACAGAGAGCAGCAUCGAAGACAGUGCCAAUCAGGACCAGACACCAGACAUGGCACAGCUAUUCACGUACAAUGUGGCAGAAUUUGUCCCUUUUUACAUGGAGGAAGACGAUGCGCUGCAAGAAGCAAUUCAGCGUAGCCUGCAGGAAGACGAUGGUCCUGAUGUUGAUAUAUUAAGGUCUUCAGAAAUGCUCACUGCUGAAGAAAUUCAAGGCCGCCUUGCAGCCCACAGCGACAGGGUGAUCACACCAGGAAAAAGACAUAUAAACAUCAGUCGGGCAAGUGUGUGGACCACAGCCUUACAGGCUUUUAAGAGGCCCUCUUUCGCUGAAGGCUGUGACAUGCUGAGUGUGACCUUUGCCAGCGAUGAGCAUGCUGAAGAUGCUGCUGAUCUUGGAGGUCCCAGGCGGGAAUUCUUUCGGCUACUGGUGAAGGCCAUCUUGCAAGACAGUGGAGCCUUUGAAGGUACACCAAAUGGAUGCAUGCCAAGACUGAACAUUCUCCACUUGCAAAAUGGAGUGUAUAAAAUCAUUGGUAGGAUGAUGUCCACAAUAAUAGUACAAGGAGGAGAACCACCUGCAUUCCUUUCUCCAAGUGUAGUGGACUACAUUGUGCAUGGGGACAUCCUUCAACUUAGAGUGACACCAGAUGACAUCAGUGACUUUGUUAUAAGGGAGAACCUGAAUAAGGUGCUACAUGCAACUUCACAUGAUGAGCUGGAGGAAGCCAUCAGUUCCUGUGACUGGCGAUUCCAAAUGGAAGGCCUUCCAGCUCAAGUCACAAUGGACAACAGAGAUGCGUUUGUGCGCAACGCAGUGUUGUACCAUACCGUGUUACGAAGGCAGAGCUGCAUCGAUCAGCUUACUGAUGGAUUGUCCCACUAUGGCGUUUUAAAACUCGUCAGAGAGAACCCCAGCAUGUGUGUCCUACUUCAGAAAGGACAGGAGAAUGAUUUGACAGCUGCUGCCGUUUCGGGUAUUAUGAAACCCAGCUACUCGGUGCCCGGAAGCAACAGACGGCGUUUGGAGGAGCUGCUAGUUGUCAAAUUUCGGGAGUUUCUCAACUGUGUUGAAAACAAAAACCUGAGAGAAACUUUUGAUGAAGGCAGAAAAAUAACAGUGGAAGAAGAGGACUUCCUGGGGGCGCUGAGCCCUGGUCAUAUCCUGGCCUAUGCCACAGGAAGCAGCAGAGUCCCAGCCAUUGGGUUUCGUCCCUCCCCAAAAUUAGUUUUCGUUCAUGAUGGUGGAAAAAAUCUGCCUGUUGCACACACUUGUGCGAAUGAGCUGCUACUUUUCGUUAACACCAAAAUGAUUGCUGCUAAUGAUGAGUUUAAUUACCAUUUCCUCACAGCACUGAUGAAUGGUGCUGUAUUCAGCACCAUUUAAACACACACCAAUUAUGUUCCGAGAACGUAGUAGUAUUUUAGUUGUGUGUUUCCAGAAUUCUUCAACAUCAUAGUUAAGUUACAAUACCUACUCCUGUCAGGUUCAUUGUUAUGUUCAAAUGUCAUCUUAAGUGGACAGUAGAAGUAGAAGUAAGAAUUAUUUUCUCAAGAUGCAGAAGGGUGUUCUGAUCUGAUAAUGUUCCUUCUGGUAGGCCUACUGUUGUAGAUGGACAAAGAUGCCCUAGAUGCAUGUAUGUUUUGUUUUGUCAUGUCUUCAUGGCUAAUGUCUGAGAAUGACUGUCUGUUACACAUGAAAGAGAAAUUGCCUUUUGGUGUAUGUUGCUCGAGUCAACACCAAAUAAAGCAAUGUAAACAUC